AUGUCUGGCCGUCCAGGAAGUGUUCCACCUGGGCUCACAAUCGUCAAAGGACCUGGCCGUGUGGAGGACGACAGAGAUUUUCUGCUGAAUUGCCUUAAAGAUGGUGCGGAGUUUGAGAUCGUCCUUGACUUCAACUCACUAGACAAGAGGAAGGUUAUUGAUGUCCGAUGGCUCAGCCAGCCUGUAGAUGUAAGCAGCAUGAAAUCCACUUUCCUCAACUUCUUCGGUUCUCGAUGA